UUGUCAACAAACACUGUGCUGGCAAAUAUUUAUAAAUAAAAUGACCGAUUCUUAAAGCAAAUUUUACGAUUUUAGCGAUACUUUUACGAAAAAACUCUUUAUGCCAUAAAAAACUAAGGGCUUACAAUGGCUAGCUGGCUGAAUUUCAACGAGAGCAUUAACAGUAUUAAAGGCCAAAUAACUAAUUUAGCAAACACUGUUUUGGCGGAAGAAGAAGAUAUCAAGACACCAAACAGUUGCAUUGAGGAGUACCGAAAGUUGUGUGCUGAAAAGGAUCGAGAGCUAGAAGAUUUAAGGACAGUAAAUGAACAGUUACAAAGAACAUUAGAGAGGUCAGCAGUACGAAAUGGGAAUUUUUCAGAAGAUAAUUGGGACUGGAUCGCUCCGGAUGCGAAGCAAACUGAGCACGAGGACGUUUCCACCUUGAAAAAAGCCAUUGAAAAGUUGGAAAAUGAAAAAAGCGACCUGAUAAACCAACUGGAGCAGCUUGAUGUGGAAAAUCAACAAAAUCUUGCCGAACUCGUGGCCAUAAGAGAAAAACUUCAAGAUGAAAACUUGGACUUGAAAGACAAGAAUGCCCAACUCAGGCAGCAAAACAAAAGUUUAAUUUCCAGAGAAGAGAAGCUUAAGCAAGAAGUUGAGGAAUUUAAAACAAAAGCACCUGAGCAAGAUGUAAAAGCUUUACGGAUUAUCAAUAAAACCUUAGAAGAAAACAUUAGCAGCUUAAGAGCAGAAGUUGCAAAUUUAACGCAAGAAUUGGAUCAGGCACAAACUUUAUACAGAGAAUCUGAAAAAGCUGAUCAGCUGCCUAAUCAUCAAGAACUCACAUUCAAACUAGACGAAACCUUAAAGGAGCUCAGCGUCUUGAGAACCACCCAUGACACCUUAAAGAAAACUUAUCAAGAGUCUCUCUUGAGCUCUGACAAAGAACUUAAAGAACUGCAAGAAAAAUUACGACAAUCAGAGUCAGAGAACCAUAAAGUUUACAAUCAGCUGCAAAAUGCGCUUCAGUUAAUAACUGAAGCUGAGCAAAAACGAGUGGAAGACGCCGAAAAUUGCCAAAAACUGGCUUUUAUUCUGGAAAGUUACGAACAACAAGUGAGUUCUCUUAAAAAAGAACUUGCUAGUGCCAAAAGACUACAGCCAGAACUUGAUAAGGCACUAGAAGAACUAAACCAAGUAAAACAGUGCCCAAAAGAUGAUCCAACAGUUGAUCAACUUCAACAAGAAAUCAACAAAUUAACGAAAACCUUAGAAGAAAAAAUCACUGAGCAACAAAACAUGCACAAAACCUACGUCAACAUCAUCACCGAAAGCAUUAGGCAAUGUGCCUCUCCAAACGAACCCAGUAAUCCUGUUGAACCGCUUAGUACUCAUCCAGAAUUAAAAGAUUUCCAGCAGCAAGUGCAAAACAUUUGCAAAAUGCUCCUGGAGUUCAAAGAAAAAUGUGAAUCUUUGGAAAAAGAUCUUGUGGAAGCCUCCCAAGAGAAAACGAAAAUUCUGAACGAAAAAUAUGAGGAAAUUGAAAAACUGCUAAAAAACCAAGAGGAUUUAAGUCAAGAAAUCACAAACAAAGAAGACACCGUUAAAAAGCUAGAAGAGGAGGUGGCUAGUUUAAUUGACAGUAAUGAUGUGCUGCUAUCUGAGCUAGAUGGUUUUAAAAGUCCAGUUUUAGAAACGAUUUCUGAAACAAACGAAGAAAGUAUAAUUCUUCUUGAGUCGGACUUGGAACAUGCCAAUAAGAGAAUCAGAGAACUGGAAGACAUUAUAGACAGUCCAAGCCGAACCCCCGUGUCCAACGAUCCAAGUAGCGCUUCGUUGGAGGAACGUGUUGGCCAGAAGCACCAAGAUUACCAAGAGCUAUUAAACAGCUUUGACGAGUUAAAACUGGACUACGAAGACACCGCUUUAAAACUCAAACAAUCCAAACAAGAUAUGAAAGUGUUAGCAGCAGAAAACGAAGAGCUUAAAGCAUACAUAGAAAAAUUGAAGUCAGACUUGGAAAAUAAUGAAUAUCAGCUCACUGAGGCCAACAUCUUAAGAGACGAGCAAGAGGAACUGAAAAGGUCCCUGGAGCAUUUACGAGCUGAAAAUAAAGAACUCAAACUGCAAAGCAUGAAGAGUAUAGACCUUAAGAGCGAACUAAUGGAUAUCAAAGAAAAGUGGGUCAUAGAAGAAAAUCUUCGAAGGGAGCUUGAAAUACAAGUAAAAAACUUAACGGAAAAGCUACAGAACUACAAAAUGUCUGAAACAUCUUUGAAACUUCAAUAUGACACCUUAAGCAAAGACCACCAAGCUUUACAAGAAACGAAGAUAAAUCUGGAGGAAUCUCUUGGAGACACAAAGCAGAGCCUUGAAGAAUAUGAUAAGAGCUACACAGAACUUCUGGAAAAGUAUGAUGGUAUCUUACUGAGAUGUGAAGACCUUAAUACCAAACUUCACGAAAAAGAGACUGAGCUUGAAAAGGUCAAAAACAAUCUUGAAAAUCACAUGGAAGCACAACAAACAGUUUUAAUCAGUCAUGAAGAGGAAAUAAAACUCCUUAAUGAAACCUUAAAGGCCUUGGAAGAAAAAAAUUAUAAUUUGCAAGAGCUGCUAACACAAAGCACACAAGACCUAGAAGCUCUUACUGGAAAAGAACAGCUGCUACAGGAGAAACUAAAAGACCUCGAAGAAAAACUUAAAGAACAAGGGCAACCGAGAGAGCCGCCCGAAGAAGUAUUAAAACAAAAAGAUCAGCUCAUAGAACAACUUCAACAGCAACUCCAAGAACUAGCCAAUUCCAGAAACGAGCUUAUCAAUAUGAUAACAGUGAAGCACCAAGAAAACGUUAACUACCACAAUGAAAUCCAACGUCUAUCUGAAAUAAUACAAUCAGAAGCUCAAAAAUACUCGCAACUAGAAACGAAACUAAUACAAGCUGGAGCUGCCAGUGACGAAAUAGCCAAAAAAACUGAACAGAUCGAUCAGCUAACAGACGAAAACAACUUCCUCAAAGAAAAAUGCGAUCUCCUUGCCAAGAACCUUUUAGAAGAGCAAGCCAAGGUACAAAAACUGACCGCAGGACCAUCUGAAAAGGAACUUUCACUAUCCAAACAAAUUGACAGACUACAGAAGCAUCUUAUGGAGAUGCAAGAACAUCACACCCAAGAGCUACUUCAAAUCGAACAGAAAAAUGUGGAACUUCAAGCGAGAAUCAACGACUUGGAGCUAAGGGAGAAGAAUUCAAGCACUAUGUAUACAUCUGUAAGUAUUAGGGCGAAUCAGCAAGUGGAAUCUUUGCAGAAUCAGCUACAGACGUUGACCAGUCAGCGAGAUGAACUUAGAAUCAAGCUGUCCGAGGCUGAGGACGUGCAUAGUAAACAAGCUGCUGCUUUGGCUAAUUUGCAGUUCGUUCUAGAGCAAUUCCAAAAAGAUAGGGAAAAGGACGUUCAUAAGGAAACGGAACGUAUUAGGAGGCAAAUCAACGUGGAAAAGCAAGUGCAGGAAACGCUGAAGAAAGAGAUAGAAAAUUUAAAGUGCCAACUAGAAGACAGCAAAGUCGGACUACAAGCGGCUUCGAGACUAUCGGACCAAUUGGAGCAUUUAAAAAAACAGAAUUUGGGACUUAAGGAUGAAGUGUCCCAACUACAACAAAAACUAAGCAAAACCCAACAAACAGUCCAAGAGCUUACCAGCCAGACGGACGGUAAAAUAGACAAAUCGCUAAUCAAAAGUCUACUAGUUGGCUUCCUGUCCACUGGUAACACCCCCAACUGGAACAAAGACCAAAUUCAGGUGCUCAAACUGAUUGCUACCGUAUUAGACUUUAACCAGCAGGACCACGAUAAGGUGAAACUCAACAAACCCCAGCAGGGAUCUUGGUUGGGGUCGUUGCUGCACCCUCAACCCGCCAACCAGAGCCAAAAUAUCUCACAGGAAUCGCUCAGUCAAGCAUUUAUAAGGUUUUUGGAAAACGAGUCGAAGCCCAGGAAUGUUCCCAGUUUGCUAAGCGAGCAGACAAGUAAACGUAGUGCGGAGAGCAGCAGAAGAUCCACUCCAAGGACAACUCCAUCCCCGAUUGUCCUGAACGAAGUGGUGCUUCCUACUUUUGCCGAUUUUGGCCAAAAUCGAAACUCUAGUUCCAUAUUAAAGGAUGUGCUAAAGGACAAUAACAAUAGUUAGGGGUAGAUUUUAUUAGGCCAAUUUUAAAUUUGUAAUAAGCAGAUUACAAGGGAGGCAAAUUUUAUUGUAAAAUAUAUUGUUUAUAAUUUUGUAUAUUUUGGUUUUAAUGCUGCUUUUAUAUAAUAUUAAGAGUAGGUGUAUGUAAUAUUAUGGAAUUUAAUCAAUAAAAAUUAUUUAUAUUA